AAAUAGAGGGGUGUGUUUGUUUGGUUAUAUAACUAAGUAGUCAGGUUUUUGAUCGGGAGUGAAAAGAGAAAAAUGGUUUCAAGAGUGGAAACUAUGAAGAAGAAGCAACAAGGUGGUGAUCAAGAAAAUAAUAAUUACAGUAAUCAUAAAGGGGGAGAAGGUGGAUAUCAUCAGCAGCAGUUGCAGAAGCAGAUGCAAUGCAACAAAGCAAAAGUCUGCAAGUUCAAGAGGAGCAGCUCUAACCUUGAAGAAGAUGGUGCUUCUUCUGCAAUUCUCUUCCUUGCUUGCAUUGCCUGCACUCCCUCUUUUUAAUGUCGCGUUAUUACUAUUAUUAUUUCAAAUUAACUUUAUCUCUUUUCUCCU